UUCGAGUUUAUUCUUGGCGCGGACAGUGUGAAAUACAAGUGACGCCCCGCUCGGAAAUAUUCCCGUUUCUGAAAUCCAGACUUAUUAAAAUAUAAUAAUAACAGCUCUUCGUUAUAUAGUUGUCGAUGAAGCAGUGGAACUGAUCAAAAUGUCUUCGAAAAUGACGUCCGGAAAGUGUCUCGUAUUUCCUAUACUUCUUGCGGUCCUUGCUUGCGCGACAGCGAACCAGCCCGCCAGAAUAGUAUGUUACUUCAGCAAUUGGGCCAUUUAUCGGCCGGAUGUCGGUAGCUACGGUGUAAAAGAUAUCCCGGGUGAUCUUUGUACUCAUAUCAUUUACUCGUUCAUCGGUGUGAGCAACGUCACCUGGGAGGUGCUCAUCCUCGAUCCGGAGCUGGACGUCGACAAGGACAACUUCGAGGCCUUCAACAACCUGAGGUCCAAAUAUCCUCACUUGAAGACGUCCGUGGCCGUUGGGGGUUGGGGCGAGGGUGGGCGGAAGUACAGCGCUCUCGUGGGCCUGAAACAAAGACGCGACACGUUCAUCAAGAGCGUGGUUGAAUUCAUGCAAACAUAUCGUUUCGACGGUUUCGACCUUGACUGGGAGUACCCGGGAGCUUCCGACAGGGGAGGCAGUUUUUCCGACAAAAACCACUUUUUCUACUUCGUCGAGGAAUUGAGACGCGCAUUUGACGCGGCAGGAGAGGGAUGGGAACUCACUAUGGCGGUGCCAAUGGCCAAGUUUCGUCUGGACGAGGGAUACCACGUACCAGAAUUGUGCAAAAAUAUGGAUGCCAUUCACGUAAUGUCGUACGAUCUUCGCGGCAACUGGGCCGGAUUUGCGGACGUGCACAGUCCUUUGUACCGUAGACCACACGACCAAUGGGCAUACGAGAAAUUGAAUGUCCACGACGGUCUUCAACUUUGGGAGGAAAAAGGUUGUCCCGCUAGGAAACUGAUCGUCGGGAUUCCAUUAUACGGACGUACGUUUAGCCUCAGUCGAUCUAACCACAAUUACGAGCCUGGCACUUACAUUAACAAGGAGGCUGGUGGCGGCGAACCUGGCGAAUACACGCAAGCUAAAGGGUUUCUCUCCUACUACGAGAUUUGCACCAGCUUGCGAGAACCAGGCAGCAACUGGACACAGAAAUUCGACGACAUUGGCAAAGUUCCAUAUACUUACAAAGAAACGCAAUGGGUCGGUUAUGAGAACGUGGAGAGCGUGAAGUACAAAAUCGAUUUCAUCAAGAAGGAACAAUAUGGUGGCGCCAUGGUUUGGGCCGUCGAUAUGGACGACUUCCAGGGACUCUGUGGCGAUCGUAACCCCCUAAUGAAAACGAUUAGCAAAGGAUUGGAAGGAUAUGUUGUAAUGGACAAAAAUAUCCAAACCACGCCCACGCCUGAAUGGGCGAGGCCACCAAGCACAACGUCAUCGGAUAACAACGUUCGACCCACUCAGUCGCCCCCAACGAAGGCUACGAAAAAACCUACCCAAAAACCAGAAAAGCCUACUCAUAAACCAGAUGUAACAUACCCGGGAACCGACAGUUUCACUACCGAUGACUCGAACAAAUCUAAACCUACCGAACCGCCGAUUAACGAUAACGAAGCUGAGAAAAUAAUUUGCGAGUCUGCUGAAAAAUUCAUCCCCUCUAAGGAUUGCCAUUCGUACUAUGAAUGCGUCCACGGAUCGCCAAUGAAGUUCACGUGUCCCAACGCUUUGAUUUGGAAUACCGUUAAAAACGUUUGCGAUUGGCCGCAAAAUGCCGAUCGAGAAGAGUGCAGGCCAGAAUGAAUUCCAAUUUCAAAAUAUUCUACCGAAUCAAUUACGAUAGCUUUUGACAUUAAAUUCGUGAAAUUAACAUAAACGCUUUUGCGACUGUCAAAUGUUUGAAACAUUCGUAAUCUCGCUCGAACCAAUAUAUUGCAAACUGUAUCUGUUGAUAAAAGCUGAAUAA